CUCGCGUGUGGCACUCGGCUGGAGCAGGGGAGGGGAGCUCAGAGUUUGUUUGGAGACCGGCGGGAGACAUUUUCGUCGACUGCAUUUUAUUUUUUUUGGAGGCUCAGGCUUCUUCGCACGCGUUCGCAGAUCGCGGAGCUUCGUAGGGAGUUUGUGCAGGAGGGUGCAGGAUGAGAGACGAAGGGUGCAGGAGAAAGUUAAAGUCCCACGUGCACCUGCGUCAGACUGUCUGCUGCGACCGACCCACAAUCAUGUAAGCUUGGUCUUUUUUAGACGGAUGCGUAAAUUGCGAGAUGUCCUGCAGGACUCUUAGGAGGGUUUCCCCUCUUGUGAGGUUGUGAGUCGGUGAUCCCUCUCGGUGCAGACGUAGGACGGAGCUUUUUUUUGUUGUUGUUGUUGCGCUCUUCGUCUGCAGCUCCGCGCUGCUCUGCUCCUCUAACUCCUAUACCAACAAUGGCCAGGCUGCGGAGGAAGGCUUGCAUCGCUCUCUUUCUGUUUACGCUUUUCGUUUUUGGGAGCUUAAUGGGACUGAGGACCCUGAAGCCCACCGACGGCUUCUCGGAUCUGGCUCCUGGUUUGGAACUCCUUCCGAUGUUGGGAGGAAAGAUGGACCGGCGCUCCGUGUCCCGUGACGCGACACUUUCCCCGGAUCACGCCAAUCCGCCGGCCAGCCACACCAAAGCAGUUUUGUCCAACUCCGGUCCCGAGGGAAUCAUUUUCUAUGACGUUCAUAUUUUUUACUACACAUGGUACGGCAGCCCGUACAUGGACGGGAAAUACAUCCACUGGGACCACAUUCUGGUCCCUCACUGGGACCCAAAGAUCGCUUCCAGCUACCCAAGGGGGAGACACAUGCCACCGGAGGACAUCGGCUCCAGUUUCUACCCCGAGCUGAACCCGUACAGCUCCCGGGAUCCGGAUGUGCUGGAGUCCCACAUGGAGCAGAUCGGAACCUCCGCAGCAGGAGUUCUGGUUCUUUCCUGGUAUCCCCCUGGCCUGGCUGAUGACAACGGGGAACCCGCUGAGGAUAUGGUACCAGCUGUGCUGGAUGCAGCUUACAGACACAACCUCAAGGUGACAUUUCACAUCCAACAAUAUAGAGGAAGGAAUGACCAGACUGUGCACGACAAUAUAAAGUACAUCAUUGACAGGUAUGGGGACCACGGAGCCUUCUAUAGAUUUACUACCAGCACAGGGAAGACUCUUCCAAUGUUCUACAUCUACGACUCCUACCUGACUCCGCCGGAGGCCUGGUCCGAGUUUCUGGCCCCCACUGGCUCCCACAGCGUGCGCGGCUCCGCCUACGACUCCGUCUUCAUCGCGCUGAUCGUGGAGGAGCGUCACAAGCACGACAUCCUGGCCAGCGGCUUCGACGGCAUGUACACCUACUUCGCCUCCAACGGCUUCUCCUUCGGCUCCUCGCACCAGAACUGGAAGGCCAUCAAGGCCUUCUGCGACGGCAACAACCUGCUCUUCAUCCCCAGCGUGGGGCCCGGCUACAUCGACACCAGCGUCCGGCCCUGGAACAACCACAACACCCGCAACAGGGUGAACGGCCGCUACUACGAGACGGCCCUGCAGGCAGCGCUCAACGCGCGGCCAGACGUGGUCACCAUCACCUCUUUCAACGAGUGGCACGAGGGCACGCAGAUAGAGAAAGCCGUGCCCAAGAAAACCGUCACCCGCGUGUACUUGGACUACCAGCCUCACGGGCCCGAUCACUACCUGGAACUGACCCGCCGCUGGGCCGAGCAGUUCAACAAGGAGAAGGAGCAGUGGCUGAUGUGAGCCUGACCACACGGAUCCCAUGCAGCUCGGACCGGAGGAAGUGUGUCCUGUGCACCUGAAAGGCCGAGACUGAGAUGUGCGUGCAGGAGGACCCGGAAUGGCGUCCACACAAAUGUACAAUCCAGCAAACAAACGAUGUUUUCUCGCGUUAAAUAUUUGUGGGAAAUUCACUUUGAACUUUACCAAAAGCCCAAAACUCAGAUGAGCGCUGGAGGUCUGUCUGAUCUGUUCUCCUGCCCACCAUUCGUGUAGAUGAAAUGUUUCACCACCUACAGGACUCAAGUCCUCCUCUCCACUGAAAUAACAUAUCUAAUAGUCAGUUUGAUCUUACUGAUCCUUAAGAGAGUGUGUGUCUGAGAUGAUGGAUUUUGCAUGACGGAUUAUCUUUUAAAAUUCGUUUUCCUGGGGGACUUUUGGGUGAGAACAUCAUUACAGAUCUCUUAGAAAUCUAAGAAACAACCAGGCUAGAUUGUUUGUCUUACUCACUGCUGGACAAGCUUACUGCAAUUUUAAGUAUUUACUGAAUCCAUCCAUCAGUAUUUGAGAAGCUAAUUUAUUAAAAUAUCAUCAAUAAUUUGUGUGCUUGAAGAAAGAAAAUGAAAUAUGCAAAUGGUUUGACAGCUCUUAAGAUACCAAACAGUCUUAUUCUUUCAGCACUCUUGCACCAAAUGAAUAGUUUAUUUCUCAUUUAUGUUUUUUAUAGGUUUAACUGAUAUAAUCAUCCAUAACAAUCCAGUGGAUUUCAUAGCCAUCCAUCAACUUCAUCCUCUGUAGAGAAUUGAUGGGCUCGAACAAAUCCCAGCUAAUAUGGAUUGAGAGGCAGAGCGCACCCUGAACCUGGUCCUGGUCCAUCCCAGUUAACACGAAGACAACCAGGCAAAGCUUACACUCACGUGUGGCCAUUUUAGGAUCACCCAUAACGCUACUUUGCAUGUCCUGGACUUUGAGAGGAAACCAGAGAACCAAGGAAUGAAACGCGGUCAAAACGAGGACACACAUACUCCACCAUGGGGAUCACAUGACUUCAGGUCUUCGUGGUUAAUGACAAAGAAGGGAACCACUGCCUUGAAUGUUCCAGAUGUUUCUGCUCCAGUUGACCAGAUUCAAAUAAAAUUUAGUCAACAAACAGUGAGUCAGUGAUCUGAGCUGAGGGUGAAGUAAAGCAAAUGCAAGUCAACUGGGGUCAUGUGGGGGGAAGGCAUAAAAAUAAAUCUAAACACAGAUAAAUGACAUGAAGAACCUUACAGCACACACCUGUUUUCCAUGCGAUCGUCACUUUCUUGCGCUGUUGUGGAUGAGGUUUGGCUCACUCUUUCUGACGGCCUCCUAUUUGAUUCCAGAAUGCACUGGUACGCUGAGGAAUUACGGUGAGCUUAAAGAUCACAGCCGGGCACUACCGGAUGCUCCAGACCCGCAUCCCUCCUGCUGAUGAUCAUCUAAGCAGCGCCCG